AUGGUAAAAACUACCUUUAAUGCAAAGAAGACUCACAUUUUUCCAUCAAAUGUGAACAUGCAUUUGGCUUCUAUACUUGAUUCAAUUCGGUCUAAUCAACCUGUGUUGAUAGAAGGAGUCAUUGGCUGUGGAAAGAGUACAUUGAUUGAUAAUUUGCACAAUUUGCUGUCAAAUGGAGCAAAAAUUUUUAAAAUUCAUCUCGGAAGUGAAUCAGAAGUAAAGUAUAUCUGUGGCUCUUACAUGUUAAAGGUCAAUUUUUACUAUGAUUCGUUCAAUCUGUCAAUAUCCACAAACGAAAAUAGUUUCCGAGUUGGUAGAGGGACUUUAUCAAUUCGCGAUAUUUCAAAAAUUCCAUCAAAAACGUAUAUAACCGCCCAAAUGCUUAGAAACUUUGCUUCCACUCGUCCAGCACUGUUAAUGUUGGAGCGAAUAAUGGUUGCAGUGCAACAGAAGAGUGAGCCGGUGCUACUUGUUGGAGAGACAGGUGUAGGGAAGACGACAUUGGUGAGUUAUCUGGCCAACCAAUUGGGCCAGAAGAUUGUAAUUAUGAAUAUGAGUCAACAAAGUGAUAGUUCCAAUUUGCUCGGAAGAUAUCCUAUAUUAUUGCAAGGAGAUACCUGUGUCGGGAAAACUAGUCUUAUAAACUAUCUUGCUGCCUGCACUGGAAAUCGUUGCAUUCGCAUUAACAACCACGAACACACAGAUUUGCAAGAAUACGUUGGAUUUUACGUUAAUGCUCCCAAUGGAUCAUUUAUUUAUAAAGAUGGUAGCAUUCCAAGUUUUUAUUUGAUAGGACUUCUUGUCCAGGCAAUGAGGAAAGGCUAUUGGCUAUUGGAUGAUAAUGGGGAGAUAUUCAUUCCUGAGACUCAGGAGAAUGUCAAGGCCCAUAAGCGAUUUAUGCUUUUUGCCACUCAAAAUCCCCCAGGAGUUUAUGGAGGGAGAAAAUUUUUCUUUUUUAAAAUUUUUUAGGUAUUAUCCCGUGCUUUUAGAAAUCGUUUUAUCGAGCAGCAUCUAGACGAAAUAUCAAAUAACGAAUUAAUUGAGAUUUUGCAUCGUCGGUGCUCCCUACCAAUCUCAUAUUCGAAAAUUAUGAUAUCCGUAAUGAACGAGCUUCAGGUUUGUAUUUCUAAUCUGUUUUUUGGAAAGAACAGUUUCAUCACUUUGAGAGAUCUGUUUAAAUGGGCAGACAGAUAUCGACUUUUCACGAAUGAUGAGCCUUUUUACGACUGGAGUCAACAUUUGGCCGACCAUGGAUAUCUUCUUCUGGCGGGAAGAGUCCGUACUUCGGAAGAAGAAGAGGUCGUUGCUGGUGCUAUUUCACUUCACUUCAAACGAAAAAUAAACCCAAUUGGUCUCUUUGACAUGUCUUCAUCAACCACGUGCCAUAUAAAUAACUAUUUGAAUAUUCUUCGUGAAGAUACUACUUGGCAGCGAAUUGUAUGGACGUAUUCAAUGAGAAGAAUGCUCGUUCUAACUAUCACUGCUCUCGAAUGUAGAGAGCCGGUUUUGCUUAUUGGAGAAACUGGGUUUGUUUUCAUAAAUUAUCAUAGUUGUGGGAAAACAACCAUAUGCCAACUUUAUUCAGUAGCCAAUAAGCUUGCAUUAUUUUCUGUCAGCUGUCAUAUGAACACGGAGGCAUAUGAUUUCAUUGGCUCAAUUCGACCUGUCCGUGCUUUAGAUUCAAACUUAUUCGAUUGGGUCGACGGUCCGCUAGUCAUGGCCAUGAAGGAAGGCGGAGUUUUCUUGCUUGAUGAAAUUUCACUUGUCGAUGAUUCAGUUUUGGAACGGAUUAAUAGCGUGCUGGAACUUGACAGGAGACUAGUCCUUGCAGAGAAAGGCUCUGAUGGCCUUAUGAAUAGUUCCGAAUCUAUAGUAGCUGAUCCUGCCUUCCGUAUAUUGGCAACAAUGAAUCCGGGUGGGGAUUUCGGUAAAAAGGAGAUUAAUACGCAAAUAAACGUAGAAAGAAUAUGGGGACAAUAUGGUGGACCGUUUGAGUUCAACCUUCGUGAUCUCACCCGUUUAUGUGAAUUAAUUCUCAAAUACGACAAAUCUCUUAAUCUUUACAUUGAUUUAAUAUACUGCAGCAGAUUUAGAACGGAGAGUGACAGAGAAAUGAUUGGUGGAAAGAACUGUGGGAAGACAUCUCUUGCAACUAUUUUCGCUAUGUUGUGUGGACAAAGGCUCGAAGUCAUAACCAUGAGCACUUCCACUGACACUUCUGAUUUACUUGGAGGGUUCGAACAAGUUAUUAUCGUUUUGAUAUAA